AUGGUUAACUUUGUUACUUCUAUCACUCUCCUCCUCACUGCUGCUUCUGCAGUUGUUGCUUCCCCCAAUGCACUUGAAAAGCGCAAAGUGACAUGCAGAGAUGACCUUCCCAACAGUGAACUGGCCAACGCCAAGGAAGCGGCGGCAUGCAUCGAUUACCUUGCCAGCCUAGGUAGCAAGCCUUGCGUUGCUACCGUCUCCGGUCAGUCUUUCUGCAGACGUGGAAACACUCAGAUCACUGGUCUCGCCAGAGGCGCCCCCACGAGAACUUCUACCUGCCAGGAUGUGGCUCGCGGUGCUGGUUUUAUUCUGGACAAGUGUACUCGUGGUGAUGGAAAGGUCAGAGGUGCGAAUGAGGCUUGGGCUAAUGGCAACCUCCUUGUUGAUAUUCGCCGAGUUGUUCAAUAA